GCACAAACCCUGGUUUAUUGGUUUGCAGGGCGCCCAAGGGUGCCCCGGGGAAGGGGUGCCAUGGUGAUGCGGGGCCCCGAUCCCGGCCCUGGGCCCCCCUACCCGCUGGCUCUGGGACUGAGCACCUUGCACACGCUCCUCUACGCCGGCCUCUUCCUCUUCGCGUACCUGCAGCUCUGGCUGCUCCUCUACUACCGGGAGAAGCGGCUCAGCUACCGCACCGUCUGCCUCUUCCUCUGCCUGCUCUGGGCGGCGCUGCGCACCGUCCUCUUCUCCUGCUACCUGCAGGGCGCCCUCCUGCCGACCCACGCCGGCGACGGGCAGCCCCGGCUGCCGCCGUUCUCCCGCUGGCUGCUCUUCUGCUUCCCCGUCUGCCUCCUCUUCGCCGCCGGCUGCCUCCUCAAUCUCUAUUUCGCCGAGGUGAUCUUCAAAGUGAAGUGUGCCGCUGAAUUCAACAAAUACAAGGCCACCUUGUACGUGGGCUCCGUCCUCACCAGCCUCCUCUUUGUCUUUGUGAAUUUGACGUGCGCACUUCUGGCGCACGGCGACCUCCCCGAGGACCAGCUGCGGUGGACGGUUUUCACCCGGGCUCUGGUCAACGACACCCUCUUCAUUCUCUGCGCCGUCCUGCUAGCCUGUUUCAUGUGCAAGCUGUCCAAAAUGUCUUCGGCCAAUGCUUACCUUGAGUCCAAGGGCACAUCUGUCUGCCAAGCCUUGCUUGUGGGUUCCGUCGUCCUCCUCCUGUACUCCUCGAGGGCUUUCUAUAACCUGGUGGCGGUGGCGAUCUCGCCGGAUCACGUGCCCAGCCCGUUCAACUAUGGCUGGGAUAACCUUUCGGAUAAGGUUCGAGGCGAAGAAUCCGGCAGCGAAGAGUACGUGGUCUUUGGGGUUGUGUUGUUCCUCUGGGAAUUUGUCCCUACAACAUUCCUGGUUCUCUUCUUCCGGGCUCAGAGGCUGGCACAGAACUUGGCGCCGGCAGGAAUGAUAAACAGCCACAGCUACAACUCCCGGGCCUAUUUCUUCGACAAUCCAAGGCGGUACGACAGUGAUGACGACCUUCCGAGGCUCAGCGGAGGAAGCCUGGCUACCCCUCAGAGCUCUGGCUGGUACGGUUCCUUGACGGGGAGUGACAGCUGCGUCAUGAUCCCUCCGUUGGUGGCCCCUCCGAUGGACGUGGCCCCGCUGCUCUUCACCCACGGGAGCCUGGAGUCCAGAAGCCACCCGACCCCCCGCCUGGUGCCGUAGGACUGGAACUGGCGCACCUCUCGGGGAGGGGGCUGCGCCUGGGUGGGAAGUGGCCGGAGCGGGGCUCCAACCGGGUGCGCGGGACUCGGAAGCAGCUCCCCAAAUACCUAGCGGGGCUCCCCGAGGUUUCCGGAACGUGGGAACGGAAGGAUGGGGGCUUUGCGAAGCCAACUCUCCUUUGCCAAGCGGUACUUGCAAUGAUGGAAGCCGGUGAGGUCAAACCACAGCCCCUUAGAAGUAUUUCGUUUCAGUGGGUUGGGCCUUCC